UGAUCAGGAAAUUGGGUGUAGCAUUAUCAGAUGAUAGUCGCCAUGGAAACAACUGCGAAGACAGAGCGCUGAUAACGCUUCGAAGUUUCGGCAGAGCAGUAGGCAGGACGUUUGUCAGUCUACGUAUGCGCGGUUCGUCAUGGCUUCUCGAGGCCAGCGGUAUACGCUGUGCGGUUUUUCUCAGGAACUAGACUGGCGACCUUUGCACUUCGUCGAGCGUAUUCCUGCAAACAAAAUAUGCAACGCGUGUGGUGUGCUGCCCAGUAUUACUGCCUUUCUGCCAUGCAAACACGUGCUCUGCCGCAGCUGCUACGAGCACUGCCUGCUCGACGAUACGCACGCCUGUCCGCUCGACGGUGACCAGUUUCUUGCCGAAGACGCUGAGUGGAUAAACUUUCCUUUGGACAACCUGCUCAGGCGCAAGGUAAAAUGCUGGAAUGCCAAACAAGGCUGCGGCUUGGUUUUGACUGCAUCAGAACAAAUCAAGCAUUUUUGCGAAGACUGUGACUACCACUCUUCGUCGUGUCCCAAAUGUUUAAAGGUCGUGCUCCGUAGAGAUGUGUGCGCGCAUCUACAUAGCAAAUGCCGAGAUUAUACGCUGUCUGCGACGUCCUGGUCUCCGCAAGCGACCGAUAGUGAGAGCAAGGCAAUGAUCAUGGCUCUGAAUGCAAGCAUGGACAUGCGAGAAGGUGAAAUGAAAGGCGUGCUAGACCAAGGUAUUAGCGAUAAUAGCGGCCAAAGUGACCGCCUCAACGAGAUUUCAGAUUGCAUGAACUCGAUCAAAGAAAUGCUGCUACAGAUAUCGAGUAGAGCACUUGAGAACGUUGCAUCACAAACACCAGCUAGCGUAUCCUGCUCUGAAGCAAUCGAGAAAACUUUGAUUGGUCACAGUGAAAAGCUACAGGAGCUCGCACAAACUAUAAGCAAUUCAAAUCAAGCACAGAUGAAAGCUUUAGAAGACACGAAGCAAGCUGUAGACCAACUGAAAGAAAAUGCAGCAAACAUGCUGCAAGCGGAAUUACGGCAAUGUUCGAUGGCUGACAGCGCUGCACUCAAGAAAGUUUCCGACAAGCUGGAGACCUUUGGAAAACUGUUGGAAAACUCCAGUAAGGCAAUCUGUAGAAAUGUAUCAGAAAGUGCUGCUAGGAUUGGUGAUGGAAAGGAUGGUGCGGAGCAAAGCGGGUCGAGUGCAACAAAACUAAAAGAACUGGCCCUAAAUACUAUCAAUGUUAGGCGAUACGAGUUUUUUGUAAAGGGAUUGAAAGCAAUGAAAUACAGCGCGCAUUCAACAGGCUGUCAUAUUUACAAGUGCAAAAUAUGUACAUCUCUGGCUAUCACUUGUCUCCUGGAGUUUACCUAAAAAAGGUGGGGCAGCAUGUGUUACUCCAUGCUUUAAUGCAGGUCCACAAGGGAGUGAUCGACGAGUUUCUUCCGUGGCCUUUCAAUGAGAAAAUUCUGUUGACCGUCAAACAUCCAUCGAGACAGAAGCAGCGCCAGUUUAUAGAGGAAACUGGAGAUUUACUCGGGAGUUUUGGAAGACCCCAAGAAUCAAGUAACAAUGGUGUGCGUUUCGUAGCAAGUUCCGUUUGCUUGGAUGAUCUGGAACGUGAAGGAUACAUCACGGACGACAACCUUCAGAUAGUGUGGGAGCUUGUUCCGAAAGACUUCCCCAAAUAAUAUUCAUGGACGCAUUACGCAUUUUCUGAAACAUUCAAGCCCUUAAAACUGUUAAGACAUAUCGCUCUUCCGCAUACUUUUGUUGAAAAGAAAAAAACUUGCUGUUUAGCUCUAAGGUAGUAUUUUUAUGUUUGAAUAAAAUCGACAACUGAU